AUGGUCGUACUUCAUAGUAGGAGACUUUUUACUCAGUUGGAGAAUGUGGAUCAGGCUAAGUUUGAGGUUCUGUUAUGGGCAUUUGAAAGCAUGUCUUCUCAUCAUCAGUCCCAUGUUAUUUUCGCUAUGUCUGAUUCAUCUGUGGUGGAUAUGUUGAACAAUCCAAGAAGAUGGCCAGUAUUCUAUCAUCAGUCGUUUGUUUUGCUGGCCAGGUUAGAUAGGAUUAAGGAGUGGAAAUUUGUUUUUGAGCUACAAGCAGCUAACAGUGUAGCCUUCUUCAUUGCUGAAAGUGCUACUCAUCAUGUGUUUGGACAAUCUUAUGUCGCUCGUGGUGCUCCUUUGUGGUUAGGAGAGUUCUUUGAUUUUGAGAAAUCCUUAGCCUCUGGUUUUAAGCAGUUUCAGUUGUUUGGAACUGUUUAUGUUGCCUUUUACCUGGAGUUGUUUCUCAGGGAAUCUCAUGGAGGAGGUCUUAUGGGACACUUUAGAGUCAAGAAGACAUACAAGACAGCUUUUGAUCAGUUCUACUGGCCAAGCUUGAUGAAGGACGUUGAGAGGAUUUGUAGCCGAUGUGUGAUCUGCAAGAAAUCCAAAACCAAGACAUCUAAUCCCGGUUUGUAUUCGGCUCUACCCAUUCCUUCUCAUCCUUGGGUAGAUAUUUCUAUGGAUUUUGUUCUUGGUUUACCCAGGACUAAAACUGGCCGAGACUCCAUCUUUGUGGUUGUGGAUAGAUUUUUGAAAAUGGCUCACUUCAUUCCAUGUCAUAAAACUGAUGAUGCUGUGCAAGUUGCUGAAUUGUUCUUUAGGGAAAUUGUUAGAUUGCACGUUUAUGGCUUUAAUCCUUUAUCUCCACUUGAUCUUUUGCCUUUGCCUUUAAGUGAAAGAGUUAGCACAAAUGGCAAGAGGAAAGCAGACACUAUCAAAAAGCUGCAUGAGCAGGUUCGUUCAAACAUUAAAGCCAAAACCGAAGGAUACAAAAGAUAUGCCAACAAGAAGAGAAAUGAGGUGAUCUUUAAAGAGGGUGAUCUUGUUUGGGUUCACUUGAGGAAAGAACGGUUUCCAGAAGAAAGAAAGUCGAAACUUAUGCCUCGAGUUGAUGGUCCUUUCCAGAUUCUUAGGAAGAUCAAUGACAAUGCUUAUCAGCUUGACUUACAAGGUAAGUAUGAUAUUUCUUCGAGUUUUAAUAUCUAG